AUGCCGAAGACCCUCUACACCGCGCUAGAUGAGACUUCCAUGGCCGCAUACGCAAAACUACCAGAGCCUGAAGCCAACUUAUCUGCACAUGGAACAUGUGCCCAAGGUACUGAGGUCCCAGACGACUAUACUGAACGAGAGUCGUUCGAGCUUCUCGAAGAAUUAUAUGACAGGGAGGAAUUUUAG